UUGCUUUCCAUGAGUUCUUCAGUUCCGCUGGAAAUGUUCUCGUAGUGUGGCAUGUGAAAGCUUCGCCGAAAGGAGUUACAUAUCUUGUCUUCGUGGACGACAUUUUUGGACUCAUUUUCAUCAUUCACCCAAACUAUUAAAUAUUAAGGUAACUAAAACAUGUGCCCAAUGAGACAUCCACUUUGGAUGCUAAAUCGCUUUUAUCCCGCAUCACCAAAAACGAAAAAAAAAAACAAACAAUUCAUUUAUACACUUUAAUCGAAUUCUAUUGAGCGUUCGGUUGGCAUUGAUCGUUGAAAAAAGAGACAUGUUUCAUCAGCCUCCAAAAGGAAAAGUUUACUCAUGCAAGUUUAAUGCAGGGGAUGAGUAUGUCAUAUUCGUCUGCGAGCGGAUCGCGUGUUCAAUCUAAUCAACAAGCUUUCUUUUUAUUCCUUGUCGCGCCGUCGGGAUGGAAAUAAAGUAGUAUCGUAUAAGACACAGGAAAGGCGCGACAUGGGUCUUUCCUCCUUUAAAAAAAAAAAAAAGAAAAAAACAAGGACGCAAAUGCAAUUUGAAUCGAUCAACUGAAGAACCGGAAAUAAAUGUGUGAGGGAGAAGAAAGAGACUCGAGCUCAAGUGUUCCUUUACUCCCUCGACUGCUCUUUCUUUGUGUGCCCAACGAGCUGUAGAGAUAAAGAGCUAGCGUGGUAGCUUGCGCGCGGUUUCUAUUGGGUAUUGCUGUUUCCGUUGAUCGCUUCCGCUGAUGGAAACAUGUCCCUUCUAUGUCCUCCACAAUAACAAGCGAAAACGACAAAAAUAAAGAUAAGAAGAGGAAGAAAAAAGAAAAAAAGAACUGGAUGGAAAUCCUUUUUCUGUUUGCUAGUUGUAUUGGUUUACUUGCUCGAAAAACUCGACUGCUCGAUUUAUACGGGGAAAAAAAUUAUUAUGUUUUCUUUUCUUCCUCCCCUUUUUUUACUUAGUUUAUUUUUUCGCCCCUUAGCUCCUUUCAUGUCGUGCACUUUUUUUUUUGUGUGUCUCUCGUCCCGCACCCUUUUAUUUUAAAUCUGUAUGUGCGUGUGCAUGGGUCUUCGAGAGAGAAGUGAAUUGAUUGUAUUCGCUGUGGGAAAAGUUUGUUUUGUGUUUGGGCCACAGGGGGAAAAGAGGAGUUUUCCUCAUUUUAGGCCUUAUUACAUUGUUGUGCGUAUGACGUCUUUUUUCUCCAUUUUUCAACGGCACAACAAAAAAAAAUUAGUUUGACUUUGCUUCUGGUUCUUUUGCGAAUUGACGGCUCCACAGAUGUAAUUACUUCGAAGCGGGAGAAACUCGGGAAUCCAAUUCAAUGUUCCAAUGAAAAAUUCUGGAAAAAGAAAGACUGACAACUAAAGUGCCGGUAAAGGUAUGUCAGACGCGUGGAAUGAGCGACUGCUUGUUUGCAUGCAGUAACCCUCCAAUUACAUCCGUGGAAUGGAUCCGGUCUCACCGACGUUUUCAUCAUCGAAUCCACUUGUGCAACAUUCCAUACCAUGAGUGGCAACGUUGUUAAUAUUAUCCCUCUUCUACUUGUUUUGUUUGUUUUCUUGUAUUUUUUUUUUCCCACCAAUUUUUUUUCUUUUUCGCCAAGAUGAUAGAAACAAGAAAAAGAAAACUUCCAGGGUUUGCACCAUCAUCCCUACUCGGAUGACGAGAAGUGUGUUAGCUUCGGUUCGUUAUUGGGCGUGUUUGUUAUAUGUGACUAGAGCGCUUGUCACCAACCCACUUCAACCGGCGCGGAGCUCUUCAGAAAACUAUUUGGAGAGAAAAGAGAGACGGAGGGCACUCAAUCGCAAGACGCGGGCCGUACACACGAAGGGCGACGACAAUGCACACACAUCAACUCUCGUUUGAUUUCUCUUCUUUUCUUCUCCAUCUUCUUCUUUUUUUUUUCCUUUCUAUUUAGCCCGUGUUCAGGCGACGUUCUAGUGGUGCUGCUUCUCCUGUUUGGAUACAAUAGCCGUACUGAUUUCUUGCCCUUGUGUAUCUGUGUGAGUGUGCGUUGAGAGAGAGUGAUUUCUCUUCCGUGAAAAAAAGGAAAAAGCGCUCCCGAAAGCGCGGGAUGCUGAGCUACGGAAGAAGGGAAUCCCAUAAAGGCCGCGGCACGAAUUGAUCGACCGACAUCACUCACACGGCGCCGCUUGGUGUGAAGGGGAGGAAACGAAGUGGAGAGCGACAACGCGCAAAGAAAAAGAAAACUCAUAUUGUGCACAAGUGAAAAAGUAUCAAAGUUUAACACACACAUAACAAAAAAUGAAGAAGAAAAUCUCAAGCCCUUCGUCCGUCUUCAUCGUAGUCUCUUCCGUCAUUCUCUACGUCAGCUACAAAUGUGACGCUCUGGUCAUCACGCAGAUGGUCGUACCCAGUCACGUACAACGCGGCUCAGAUUUGGUACUGCGAUGCCUCUACGAUCUCGACGGUGAUUCGCUCUAUUCGAUCAAAUGGUACAAGGGCUCUCACGAAUUUUUCGGUUACGUGCCUAAGGAAACGCCACAAUUCAGAGUCUUCCCUUGGUCAAAUUUCACCGUACACUACGACGAGCAGGAAAUAGGAAAAGUUCACUUAAAAGCCGUGACUCGCGAAGCCGAGGGCAGAUACAAGUGCGAAGUAUCGACCGAGGGCCCUCAUUUCAAUACCGACUACCGCGAAGACAAUCUCACUGUUUACGAUAUCUACAGCGACGGACCGCUAAUGGUCGGCCAUCCUACCAAUGAUUUGAAGCCGGGCAACCAACUCCGUUUCACCUGUUCAUUUCGCAAAUCGAGACCUAAACCGAUUCUUUCGUGGUUCGUUGACAGUCAAGAGACGAUCAACAAAGUAGAAUCUCGCUACGUCAUGGAAUCUACCAUGUCCUCGGACAAGAAGAACAGUAACGGAAGCGGGCUGGAAUUGUGGUCGGCCGAAUCGGAAUUGAGCAUCUGGCCAUCGGCCAGGCAGUUGGAAAGAAAAUUUCUUAACGUGGCCUGUCGGGCCAUCGUUCUCAACGAAACGGUCUACCAGCGAGUUGCAUCGACCAACGUGACGACAACGUCGGCGUUGACCGUUCAACUCCAACAGCAGGUGCAACGCUCACGCGUGUCAUCAACCUCUUCUUCCAGUAUGUCACCGGUUAAUUCUUCCGGCCAGCAACAUCAAGUCUCCGCCUCAAUGGCGUCUUCCCAUCACAGCCGCGAUUCCUAUUCACUUUCAGCCGCCAACAAAGGCCGAGGAGGUUCCAGCAACGCCCGUCCGAUCCUAGUCCUUUUGGAAUUAUGGCUCUUUGUUGUUGGUCUGAGUGCCGCCCUACUCAGUUGACGUGACGUGGUCGUCGACGCAUGGCAUCUUCGCCCAUAAUAAUUUGUUUUUCUUUUUUUGUUUUUCCCAAUUUUUUUGGGCUGAAUGGGUCAGCCUGCCGUACACAAAAACCACAAAAAAAAAAAAAAAAAGGGGGGGGGGGAUAAAAAAAAAAUGUUGAUAUUUAUUUGACUUAUGUUGGAACGGAGCCAGGGUUAUCCCGCCGAUAUUCGUUUUCAAUGUUUACUUACUUUUUUUAAAAUGCUUGUUUGGGUCUCGUGUUUCCAUUAUUCGUUUAUUUUUUUUUCUUGUGUCAUCUGAUUUUUCGUAUCUAUUAAUUAAGUUUUUACCUCGUUGCCAAAGAUAUACAUACACCUACAUAAUAUAUAACGUAUUUUUUGUUUGCCCCGAUUAUCUAGUAACCCCUGUAAGCUAAUCAGAACGAUGUUCAGUAGUUCAACUGAAGAAACGAAAUUUUUCCAUUCACUCUCUGAAACUAACCUUAAGAAAAAAAAAAAAAAAAAAAAUACGUAUCUCCCUGCCGUUCUUCUUCAAUCCAAUUGUCAUUUCGUUGAAUUAUGUAUCAAUGUUUUUAAUGCGAGAAAAAUUUCCCUGCUGCAUAAUUAAUACCCGCUCUCCCUGUAAACGCUCUGUAUUUGCCUCUUUGUCUAUACAUCAACAACAAAGUACUUGCAAUGAUGACGAUCAAAUCCAAAUCAUUAAACGGUUGAACGUUUGGGCUCAACACAAAAACUCAUAUAUAUAUAAAUAUAUAUAAUUGUAAUGUAUGUCAUUUGUAAUCGGCUGUGUACCACUAUUAUUAUUGUACGGCCAGUCUCGCAAGAUAACGGGGGGAAAAUGGGGGGACUUUGAGCUGAUGGCUCUUUGCUGCUACUGUGAAAUUGAGAGAGUUUGUAAUAAUACACGCAAGCGUUGCGCUCUAGGCGGGGCUUCAUUUAUCUCCA